AGGUUCAACAGAGGAGUUAUCCAUGAUACAGUGCUCUGCCAACAUUACUGUAUGUGAGGGAGAUUCUAUUCAAAUCAAAUGCUGCUGGACUAAAACCAACCAUCCAGUGAAAGUUAGUUGGUUUAAGAAUGAGGAAAAAAUUUCAGCUGGAAAGCACCAACUCCAAGAGCUUCCAGAGCAGCACUGUUCUACACUAAACAUCACAAACAUAACUAAAAAUGACACAGGAGAUUAUGUUUGUAAAGUGAUUCAAGACAUACCAUACCUGCUUGAAGUGAUGGGAAAUAAAACAGUCCUAACAGUCAUUCAAAUUCACACAACAACUGAAGUGGUCCCAGUAAUCACCACGACUGUCCUAACAGCCACACUCCAUCCGAAGUCAAAUCUAGAAGAUGAGACCUCUCAUUCUUUGGACUCACUUAUUGUAAACGGUAAUUUGUGGGAGGUUGUAAUGAUUUAUAUUUUCAGAUGUUUGCCCUUCCUCACUCUGCUGGUGGCAUUCUUUUACCUUAACAGAGAUGACAGACUAGUCUCAAAAUCAAAACCAGCAGUUGAGCAUGCAGUAAUUUCAGAAGAUGAGCCAGAGGAAGAUCUGGAAUCAGGAAAUAAACAAAGGAAUGAAACUGAAGAUGUGGAACAGGGUGAGAAAGCUACUGAAAAAGAGGAAAGGAGAGAAAACACAGAGAAAUGUAAAACUGUUGAGGGGAUGGAGGAAGAAAAACACGAUGAAGAAAAUGAGCCAGUUGUAAUUCCAGACAGUGAAAACGGGAGAGGUCCAAUGUGUGGCAAUGAAAAAGGGACCGUUUCUGUUUUGGACGAUAAAGAAAGGACAGUUUCUGUGCUGAGCAACAGUGUCGUUUCAGCUCUGUGACACAGACAGGAAAUGGAGUGAUGGGCAUACAGUUCAGGUCUAUGUUGUAACUUCCUGUAUCACUGUUUGUUUGCAGUUUCUUAAUGGUUGCAAUGUAACAAAGGCCACCACUGAAUUCUUAAAUUUUAUAAAUGAUAUUCCAGUUCAUAUUUAAUAAUAAAAUAUGUCUUGUACAGGCAUGGAUCUGACCAUCUGAUUGUGUUGUUUUGUGGGGGAAGUGUAUAUGGUUGUGUACGGGGGUGGAGGAAAGAGUAAGAGAUCAGUGUUGUGGUUUUGUCAGGGACUGACUGUGACAGAAUUAGUUGUUGGGGGGUUUGAGAAAAGCUGAGAGUAUGAGUGUUUUGUGUGUGUGAAAGGCUGUGAUAUGGGAGUAAAGCACAGUUCAGAUUACCAACAGAUGUUCAGAAAUGAAGGGCUCAUCUAAUAUCUUCUGUGGGCUCCUCAUGUCAUGCUUGUGUCUUAGAGCCACAGCUUCAACAGAGGAGUUAUCCAUGAUACAGUGCUCCGCCAACAUUACUGUAUAUGAGGGAGAUUCUAUUCAAAUCAAAUGCUGCUGGACUAAAACCAGCCAUCCAGUGAAAGUUAGUUGGUUUAAGAAUGAGGAAAAAAUUUCAGCUGGAAAGCACCAACUCCAAGAGCUUCCAGAGCAGCACUGUUCUACACUAAACAUCACAAACAUAACUAAAAAUGACACAGGAGAUUAUGUUUGUAAAGUGAUUCAAGACAUACCAUACCUGCUUGAAGUGAUGGGAAAUAAAACAGUCCUAACAGUCAUUGAAAAACAAUCAGACAAUGCAACUACUAAAGGAACUCCUGUGACAAUAAGUCUGAUUACACCCUUAAACACAACCUCAAAUCUGAUCCUGCCUUUGUCCCUGGCCGCUGCCAUCGGCUUACUGACCUUCUGCUUGGCCUUCAGCAUCUUCAAGAUAAGGAACUCCUUUAAAAAUGCAGAACGAAUGGUCAAUCAUCAGAUGCCUCACAGUGAGGGGGGGGAGCAUGAAAACAUGGAGGAGGAGGAGCUUAGCACAAACUCCUCCCAAGGAUCUCUCCAAUGGUAUCACGUCCCUCUUUAUUGGUCUUACUUUGAUCUACAGAGGGGUGAAAACCAGUGUCAACCAGAAUAGAAAAAAAGACAAUCUUCUAUUCAUCUAUUCAUUGGAUUUUAUAUUUUCUUAUGUUUGUAUCUUUAUCUGGCAGCUGAGAGAAUGUCUAAAUAUCAAAUGCUGUUGUAACUUCAGAAGUGAACAGAUUCAUUGGAAACCCUUUGAGCUCUUGAGUUGCACUUGAUUAUCAGAUUUUAAUCUCACUGAAUGUUGCAGCACAGUUGUGUUUUGAAACAAAAAUGCAUGUGGUGGGGUUGGUUGUUUUGUUUUUGUUGUCAUUUUCUGUUUGUUACAAGUUUGUUAAAACUUUAUGAAAAGAUAAAAUGUCUGAACAUGAUGUUUCCAAUUAAAAUCCAACCAAAAGCUACUUAGAAGGGUGCAUGCCUACAGAGAUUUUAUCAGAUAUUUAUUACUUGUCAAAGGAACCCUGUCUAAAGUGUAAUACACCAGUAAUACUGUGUCAAACAUUGUUUGGGUGACCCCAAAAAGUAUUUGGAUGCUUGAGCCACAUUUCUAUGAACAUAAUUGCAUUAGAUUAAAAUAUAAUAAUAAUAAAAUAAAAUAAAAUGGCAUUUGCAAAAUAAUGAUGCUAGAGCUUUUCACAGAACUACACUUUACUGCACCAUUUUUGCAAUGACUUUUAACCAACUGGUCCCAAGGUGAUUUUUAGUGGAGGUGUAGUUCAUCAUAUUAACAAUGAACAUGUUCCACUAAUUGACAACCAGAAAGUGUCCAGAUUCUUAAUUUUAGUUUUAAACAGUAUAUUUUUUUAAUGUCAUAUUUUUAAGUGUGUUCAUGCAAUUUUUUAUAAAAAUACAUACCUGUGUAUAAAAAUCA